CAUCACAGGCUUUUGCUUCUCUCUCUCUCAAGAGUUUCCACUCAAACCAGAUAGAUCACCACUUCCACAACACAAGGAAACAAAACCAACCCUUUUGAGGUUGCCACUCUCAUGGUAGCAGCACUUCACAUUCUAAUAACUCUCUGAGUGCCUCACCGCAGACUCUGUGACACCAUGGAGGCCCUCAAUGCUGCUGGCUUGACCCCUCUUUCUGUUCUCUCUGACACAACCACAACAAGAAAACAACCAUCAACAUCUGCAUGCAAAUUCUCAAACUUUUCCACCUUUGGCAACAAGAAACAACACGCUUUGCUGAAAACUCUGCAUGGGGGGCUAUUUCUGGCGGCUUCAGUUGCAAGUGGUGGAGCUGCCUCAGCUUUGUCGUACGAGGAAGCACUGGGGCAAUCUUUGAGCCUCCCUAGUUCUGGGGACUUUGACUUGAACGGGUUUGUGGAGAGUGUCACUAGCAUUGUAGCUGAGAACCCUGCAAUUGUUGCUGGAGGAGUGGCUGUUUUGGCUGUGCCAUUGGUUUUGUCUCAGGUUUUUAAGAAGCCUAAGGCAUGGGGUGUUGAGUCUGCCAAGAAUGCAUAUGCAAAACUUGGGGCUGAUGAGAAGGCUCAGUUGCUUGAUAUAAGAGCACUUGUGGAGAUUAGGCAAGUGGGGACCCCGGAUGUUGGGGGUUUGAGGAAGAAAGCAGUGUCAAUAGCUUAUAAGGGUGAUGAUAAGCCAGGGUUCUUGAAGAAGCUUGCAUUGAAGUUUAAGGAGCCACAGAAUACCACACUGUUUAUUCUGGACAAAUUUGAUGGGAACUCUGAACUGGUUGCAGAGUUGGUUACCGUUAAUGGAUUUAAAGCCGCUUAUGCAAUUAAGGAUGGUGCAGAAGGACCACGAGGAUGGGUGAAUAGUGGUCUUCCAUGGAUAGCACCGAGGAAAACAUUGAGUUUGGACAAUCUGGCAGAUGCUAUCAGUGACGCAAUUGGAGAUUCCUCUGAUGGCUUGGCUGUUACUCUUGGGAUUGCUGCAGCUGCUGCUGGACUGAGUCUAUUAGCUUUUUCUGAGAUAGAAUCAAUCCUCCAAGUUGUAGGGUCAGCUGCACUCAUUCAGUUUGCAAGCAAGAAGCUUUUAUUUGCUGAGGAUCGAAAGCAAACGGUGCAACAAUUUGAUGAGUUCUUGAACACCAAGGUUGCCCCUAAAGAACUUGUUGAUGAAAUAAAGGAAAUUGGAAAGGCUCUUCUACCAGCAUCUACCAAUAAUAAGGCUCUUCCUGCUCCAGUAGACCAAACUUCAGAGCUUGCUACAGCUGAUAGCACUGUACAGACAGCAGUAGCUACUCCCGAGUCCAAAGUGGAUGCAGCAGCUCCUGAAAUAAACUCAGUGCCCAAAACUGAAGCCAAGGCAGAAGAAUCACUUCCUGCACCACCAAGACCACUUUCACCAUACCCAUAUUAUCCAGAUUUCAAGCCUCCAACAUCUCCUACCCCUUCACAGCCCUAGACCUUCACUUCUUUUAACCUUGAAGAGAAUUCAAUAGAAGACAAAUCAAUUGUCCGAAUAUCCAGCAUGUAUCAAGAGCUGUACAAUAAUACUACAAUCUAUAAUACUAUCAGAAAGUCUUCAACUUGCAUGCAUCUUAAUUUGAAGAUAAGAUCCGUGAUGUGAGUUGUAUAAUUUUAAAGUUUGUUAUAAUUAUCCUUCCACUUGUGCUACUCGGUACACUUUUUUUGUAAUUGAUGGAUGUGUUGUAGAGGUAGCUGUCAAUUAACAUUGUAUUCAUUUUGAUAUUUAGUAAAACAUUCAAUCUUUCAGUUU